UUUGAGACUCAAAAACACGGUUUUGCCUCAGUCAUGACGGGGUCGGUUUUCGCCGGAUUUGUCGCCGUCGUCUUCGUAUUUGGAAUAGUAUCCCAGAUCGUCACUAUUCUAAUUUUCCAACGCAACGAGAAUCGCCACUUUAGGUUAGCUCCGUACUUCAUCAACACCGCCAUCAGCAACUUAAUUUUGAUUUUGUCAAGUUACCCUUUGGCCUUCGUCGCCUCGCUGUCUCACAACUUACACGAAGGCACAUUUAUUUGUGACUUCACGGGUUACUUGGUGAGCGUAGGCAGCGCCGGUGCAUUUGUAACAAUGGCAGUUCUGACAUUCGAGAUUUAUCAACACGUAUCAUCCGAAGCAAACAUUGGUCAAGCGAUCGAAGAGGAAAAACAAUAGAAAACGUUCAAGAUACUGGGAGCGAUUUGGAUUUAUUCCUGCUUGUGCUUGACGCCGCCCUUAGUGGGUUGGAGCUCCAUGACAUUACAGAGUGACAAGACGAACUGUGCUCCGAAUUGGGUGACACAAGACGUUAAAGGGUUAAGCUACCUUGUCUUUCUCACGACCUCGGUGUUCAUCAUUCCAAUGGCAGUGACAGGCGUGUAUUUCUACAAACUCUAUCGCUACUUCCAUAACACUGACAUUAACGUCACUUCCAACCCUUCGUUUGCUUACAAGCUCGAGCACUACAAGGUGACUCAGAAGAUGGUUUUUGCUGCGAUCACCGUCAAUGCUAUUUGCUGGUCGCCAUACGCUAUCUACAGCCUUGCUUCUAGCAUCAAGGGAGAGGAGCUUUCACAAGGAGCAGGCAGUCUUAUUCCUUCGUACUUCGGCAAAGUCAGCGCCAUUUUCAAUCCGAUAGUGUACUGGAUUUUCAACACAAGGUUCCGUAUCACAUCCUGGAAAAUCGCCUGCUGCUGCUUGCAUAACAGGAUUGCCAAUUCGCCAGCUGGAAACGAGGCUAGUCGUACGGCGCAUGCGUCAAGACCGGCUCCGACAAGGGAAACGGCGAGAGAAACAUCUCCAGUACAACUCGCAUAGAUUAAAAAAAAAAAAAAAAAAAAGAUAAAGAUCUCAUCAAUGAAAAGUAUGAAGUUGUGUGUUUUCUUUCGUUGGUUCAUAAAUGAUAAAUUGUACAUUCUGUAAUUUAGGUUUGUAGCUACCGCAGGAAAACAUCAUAAGAAAAAUUCCUCGCCUCUCUUCUAUUCUAUCAUCGUCUUAGUGUUAUUGUCAUGUUUUUGUCAUGUUAUUGUUUGAUUCGGAACUUUCGUGAACCCACUCAGAGGAUCAUGCGAUAUGCUUACAGGUGUUCCAUUAAGUAUUUGAUAGAAUAAAAAGCGAUAUGUACGCAGAAAAAAAAACGUAUUAA